AUGUCGAUAGAGGAUAUUGCGCUACCGGCGAGCGCGCUUCGCGGCUCGGAAGAGCAGGCGAACGCGAUGCGGCGACAGCUGGAGCGACAGGCUAACGCGUAUCGGCUCAGUUCGGCGAGUAACAGUUUGUCCUCGAUAGAAGGCGCAGGCCGGCCUGAUAACGGGGCGGCAGGGAGUUCAGCAGGGGUGGUUAGCAGCGGACCCCCGGGUUCACUGGCGACCGUUGAUUCGAACGACGCAAGUACACCAUCAACGGCGGAGAGGGGCGGAGCGGCGGAACAAGCGGAACCAUCCGCGGAGCCGGCGCAGCCAUUGGCGGAACCGACGCAGCCAUCAGCGGAAUCGGCGGAGCAGUCCGCGGACGGCCGAGUGCCCUCCUGCGCCAAGGAAAGCGGGGGAAGAGAGGGUAACGAAGGUUCUUGUAACGAAUUAACGCCGUCAGGCUCCGCGGAAUUGGCCCCCGCGGAGUUGGGCUCUGCGCCGUUGGACUCAGCGGAGCUGGCUUCCGCGGACACCGCGGAGGGCGACCCCAGCGCCCCCAGCGCCUCUAGCGCGGAGGCCGUUGCUAGCGCCGAGGAAGUUCAAAAGGCAGAAAACGUUCCUUCUAACGAGGAUGCUUCUGGCGCGGAUGACGUGUCAUCCGUUAGUAGCGAUCAACCGGAGCCGCCGGAGGAGUUCAUUUGUCCGCUCUCCCUCGAUAUAAUGUUCGACCCCGUCAUUGUGGAAUCCGGGCAAACAUACGAGCGUGCUUUUAUCGAGCGCUGGGUCGUGGACGGCCACAAGACGUGCCCUAAAACGCGCCAGCCGCUCCCGUCGGGCGCGAUUAUACCGAAUCAGAUCCUCCGCGCGCUGAUCAACGAUUGGUGCAAGCGUAACCGCGUUGCGCCCCCGAAUCCGAUCUCCGCUGAUGAUGUUGCGCUGGCGUUCUCCGCCGGCGGCGCAAAGGGCGCGGAAGCGGGCGCGGGGGGACUGGCGGCGCAGCGCAGGCGGGAGUAUGCGGCGGCGGCGGUGCGCGCGGCGGCGGUGGCGGUGGAGUCGGAGCGCCGGCAGCGCGCGCUGAUGGAACAGGUGAUGGCGGACCGCGCGGCGGCGGCGGCGAGGGCGGACGGGCGGGCGGGGGACCGCGCGAGGGCGGACGAGCUCGCAACGCGUCAGGCGCGCAUUCAGCAAAUGCGCGCAGCCGCGGGGCAGGGGCAGGGGCGUGGAGGGGGGAAUGCGGGCGCGGACGCCCGCGCAACUGCAGCCGGUGCUGCUUCGGGGGCGGGAAGGGGAGGGGGGGAAGAGAGAGGGGGACAGGCGGGCGGGGGGGAAGACACGGGGGAAAUGACAGAAAGAACCGCUGGGGUUUCCGCUGGUGCUUCCGCUGGUGCGCCUGCAUCCGCCGAACCUCCCUCCAGAUCUGCCGCAGCUCGCGUGGCGGCUCGGACGGCGGCUCGCGACGAAGCUGAGGAUCGGUACGGGAACGGGAUCCCGGACCACCUGCUAGCAGGCUUGGGAGGAGGCUCGGGAGGAGGUUUGGGAGGGGCCGGGGGAGGUUUGGCCCUGGCCGGCUGGCCUGGGAAACUAGCUAUGAAAGCUGCUAUAUUUAAAACUCAGGCUUGGCCGAACCCGAAAGAGAACGAGGGUGGGGGAGGGGCAGGGGGAAGCGGAGCAGGGGGGAGUGGGGGAGGGGCAAGAGCGGAUGUGACUAUGUCGGGGCCGAUUGGGGUGGGGGCAGGGGGAGCAGGGGGGAGCGGAGGGGGCGGGGGAAGCGGGCAAGGUGGGGGUGGGAGGACAGCCCCCUCCUACGCCUCCUCCUCCCACGCCCGCGCCUCCUCCUCCUCCCUCUCCCCCUCCGAACCCCCAGAGGAGUUUCAAAUGUUAGACGUAGACAAUCUAGUUAACCACAUGCGCACCGGGCCGCCCGAGGAAAAAGCUGCGGCCGCCGCCCUGCUCCGGGUGAUGACCCGGCACGGGUUCGCGUGCGGGCGGCGGGUUUUGGAAGCGGGCGGCGUGGCGCCACUCGUCGAUCUCCUCUGGUCGGACGACGAGCCAACCGCCGAGCACGCAACUACCUCUCUCUUCAACCUUGCUCUAGAAGCUUCCGCUAGGAUGCGUAUCGUGGUUACCACCGGGAGUAGAGUAGUAGAAGGGCUAGUUCACGUGCUCUCCGCCGGUGCGCCGGCCGCGAGAGCCAACGCAGCAGCGGCUCUCUUUCUCCUUUCCCGCGACACCGGUGCCAACAGCAGUAUUAACAGCGGUGCCCGCGCCGCAGCCGAGGCGAACUCGUUACGCGAAGCAGUGGUAACCGCAGGGGCGUUACAACCGCUGCUAGACCUCCUCCUAGACGGCCCCACCCGGGCCAAAAAAGACGCCGCGAACCUCCUGGUUUCCCUCUGCAUGGCCCGGCCGAACCGGUCCAGCGUGGCUAAAGCCGGUGCAGUGCGGUGCUUGUGCCAGUUGCUGAGUGAAGGGGUGGAGGUGGUAGAGGAGCAAGCAGCAGCGGUGUUUGCGGCUUUGGUUAGAGACCCUGAGGGGAGAGAGGUGUUGGUGGAAGAAGGGGCGGUGCCGGCAUUGGCUGAGUUGGUAGAGGGGGGCACGCAGGGACGGGCGAGGGAGUAUGCGGUGGGGACGCUGCUGGGGCUGGGGGCGAGCAGCAAGGAGUGGUUGGUGGCGAUUGAUGAGGAGGGGAUAUCUGCCUCAGUGGACGUUCUGACACGCGUGGGAACCGGCAAAACGCAAGCCAAGGCCGCAGCACUGCUGGUGCUCCUGCGGUCGUGCCAGGCACAGGAGGGCCGCAGCACUGCUGGAGCUCCUGCGGUCAUGCCAGGCACAGGAGGGUUAGCGGGAAGUGGGGGGCGUGUGGCACGUGGUGGUGGUGGUUAG